GUGAGGACAGAUGCUCAUGAUGCACUGACUGUUCAUUUUACACUGACAAUCCAUCAAGUCGGACUGAUCCAUGGCUUUACAUCUGGAUAUGAGAGUUCAGCGUGAACAAUCUAACUACCAGAAUGUACAGAGGGAGAAGAAAACACCUCCCUCACCUGGAAGAGACGCUCAGUAUAGAGGAGCAUUCAGGCUGGCUGGAGUGUCCAUCGGUCUAAUGUGUAUCGUUCAGGCGACUCUUAACGUCGUCCUGAGGCUGUACCUUCUUUCUCAGAAACAUACGGAGCAGUUCUUCAUGGACUGUGAAAAUUACACGCUGGCCAAAUACAAUGUACUUAUUGAGGAGAAAAGACAGUUAGACAUCAACUACCUCAGCCUGGGUAAAGUGAGAGAUCAGCUACAGCAGGAGAAAGAUCAACUCCAGAGAAAAUAUUCCAACUUUGCUGGAGAUCUCAGGAUGGGGUGGGUCUCCUUCAGGUCCAGUCUUUACUUCAUGUCUAAGGAGAACAAGACCUGGACUCAGAGCCAAGACGAUUGCAUUAAGAAAAGUGCAAACCUCGUGAUCAUAACGAGCAGAGAAGAACAGGAUUUCAUUGAGUUGUUUAGAAGAGGAAAAUCGGCUUGGAUUGGUUUGAGUAAAGAAAACACGGUGGACUUGUGGAAAUGGGUGGACGGUACACCACUGCAAACUCCUUUCUGGUGGACUCAAGAGCCAAACAAUCAUAAUGGAGAUGAAAAUUGUGUUGAAACUGGUUACCGUCCCAAAGAUGGAAGACCAGUGGUUGAUGUCCUUAACACAUGGAACGAUAAUACAUGCAGUGCCAAGAUAUUUUACAUAUGUGAGAAAACCAUUUCCAUUUAAAUCUCUGUAAAGAGAAAUGGAUUGUAGACCAGUAGAGCAAAAACACAUUGCAAAUGCUUUCAAUUCAGUGUGUCAUUUUUUUAUUAGCUACAUCCAUUAGUGUUUGUGUAUUACUAGCAUUUUUCAUAAGCGUUGUUAUAUUUUCUUGAAGGUGUUUUGACUUGUAUUUUUCCAUGUCUGAUUCUGUAUGGAGGUUUUUUUUCUUUUAUUCUUCUUUUAAAUAAAUGCAUUUGAUGUCUUA